AAUGGGCAACAGCUUUGACAAAUUCGCGGGAAACAGCGGUGGUGCUUACGCAGAUAGCACGGGUCGCGGCUGGAGUCGCCGCAGGCGCAGGCACAUGAUGCCAGGAUCAUCGUCAUCAGCAGCUGCUGGGGCCGCAUCACCCGCGCCUAGUGGGGCUGUGCCUGACAGCUCCGACUGCAAUGUCCACGUGAGGCGAUUGCUGACGCAUGUCAGCUCAACGCCAAAUUUUGGUGAAACAACUGUUAAUGACGCACUGGAGCCGCGCUCUUCAUCAUUCUCUUAUGCGGGCGAUACGGAUUUCGGUGACAGCAAUGACGGCAUGGACUCCGAUACUAGCACCUCGUCCAGCAACAGCAAACAAGUCGUUGUUGGCAUCUGUGCCAUGGCCAAGAAGACACAGUCGAAGCCCAUGAAGGAGAUACUGACACGCCUGGGCGAGUUCGAGUUCAUCAAGCUGGUGACCUUUGAGGAGAAUGUUAUAUUGCGCGAGCCCGUACAAAAUUGGCCCAUAUGCGAUUGCCUAGUCUCCUUUCACUCGAAGGGCUUUCCCCUAGAAAAGGCCAUUGAGUACGCUCAGCUGCGCAAUCCGUUUGUGCUCAACAACUUGCACAUGCAGUACGACAUACAGGACAGACGACGUGUCUAUGCCAUACUGGAGAAGGAGGGCAUCGAGAUACCGCGCUAUGCUGUGCUCGAUCGCGAUUCGCCCGAUCCGAAACAUCAUGAGCUAAUUGAGUCGGAGGAUCACGUGGAGGUCAAUGGUAUUACGUUCAACAAGCCGUUUGUUGAGAAACCCGUCUCGGCCGAGGAUCACAACAUCUACAUCUACUAUCCAACAUCCGCUGGCGGUGGCAGCCAGCGUUUAUUUCGAAAAAUCGGUAGCCGUAGCAGCGUUUACUCGCCGGAGUCGCGGGUACGCAAAACAGGCUCCUUCAUCUACGAGGACUUUAUGCCCACCGAUGUGUACUUUUCAGGUACCGACGUCAAGGUGUAUACCGUGGGCCCGGACUAUGCCCAUGCGGAGGCGCGCAAGAGCCCGGCGCUCGAUGGCAAAGUGGAGCGCGAUAGCGAGGGCAAGGAGAUACGCUAUCCGGUCAUACUCAAUCACUCGGAGAAGCUUAUCUCACGCAAGGUGUGCCUGGCCUUCAAGCAGACCGUCUGCGGCUUUGAUCUGUUGCGCGCCAAUGGCAAAAGCUACGUUUGCGAUGUCAAUGGAUUUAGUUUUGUGAAGAACUCGAAUAAAUACUACGAUGAUUGCGCCAAAAUACUGGGCAACAUGAUACUGCGCGAAUUGACACCGACCCUGCACAUACCCUGGUCGGUGCCAUUCCAAUUGGACGAUCCGCCCAUUGUGCCCACCACCUUUGGCAAGAUGAUGGAGCUGCGCUGCGUGGUCGCUGUCAUCCGGCAUGGCGAUCGGACGCCCAAACAGAAAAUGAAGGUCGAGGUUCGACAUCCAAAAUUUUUCGAGAUCUUUGAGAAAUAUGAUGGCUACAAACUAGGGCAUGUGAAGCUAAAACGACCAAAGCAACUGCAGGAGAUACUGGAUAUAGCACGAUUUUUGCUCAGCGAGAUACACACCAAGGCUCAUGCCGAGAUUGAGGAGAAGGAGAGCAAGCUGGAGCAGUUGAAGAAUGUGCUCGAAAUGUAUGGCCAUUUCUCGGGCAUCAAUCGCAAGGUGCAGAUGAAAUACCAACCCAGGGGUCGACCACGUGGUUCCAGCUCUGAUGAUGUCCUAACCAUUUCAGCCGAAACGCCCGCCGAACCCUCGCUGGUCCUGAUCCUCAAAUGGGGCGGUGAACUAACACCAGCGGGUCGCAUCCAGGCCGAGGAGCUGGGUCGCAUUUUCCGCUGCAUGUACCCGGGCGGCCAGGGACGCUCGGACUAUUCGGGCACACAGGGUUUGGGUCUAUUGCGUUUGCACUCAACCUUCCGACAUGACCUCAAGAUUUAUGCCUCGGACGAAGGACGCGUUCAAAUGACCGCCGCUGCCUUUGCCAAGGGUCUACUGGCCCUCGAGGGCGAGCUGACACCCAUUCUGGUGCAAAUGGUUAAGAGCGCCAAUACGAACGGGCUGCUGGACAACGAUUGCGAUUCAAGCAAGUACCAGAAUCUCGCCAAGGGUCGACUGCACGAGCUGAUGCAAAAUGAUCGAGAGUUUACACAGGAAGAUCGCGAACUGAUCAAUCCGUGCAACAGCAAAUCGAUAACACAAGCUUUGGACUUUGUUAAGAAUCCGGUGGACUGUUGUCAUCAUGUGCAUUUGCUAAUACGCGAACUGCUGCACAUAAUCAGCAUCAAGAAGGACGAUCCAAAGACAAAGGACGCGAUACUCUAUCACGGCGAGACAUGGGAUCUAAUGCGCUGUCGCUGGGAGAAAAUCGAAAAGGACUUUAGCACCAAAUCGAAACUGUUUGAUAUAUCAAAAAUUCCAGACAUUUACGAUUGCAUCAAAUACGAUUUGCAGCACAAUCAGCAUACGCUGCAGUACGAUCAGGCCGAGGAGCUUUAUAUCUAUGCAAAGAAUCUGGCCGAUAUAGUCAUACCACAGGAAUACGGACUGACACCGCAGGAGAAACUGGCCAUUGGCCAGGGAAUUUGCUCACCGCUGCUUCGCAAAAUCAAGGGCGAUUUGCAGCGCAACAUUGACGAGAUCGAGGAUGAGUUUAUGAAUCGACUGAAUCCUCACUACAGUCACGGCGUGGCCAGUCCGCAGCGUCAUGUGCGCACUCGCCUCUACUUCACCAGCGAGUCGCAUGUGCAUUCGCUGCUGACGGUGCUGCGUUACGGCGGAUUGCUGAAUGUUGUCACGGACGAGCAGUGGCGUCGCGCCAUGGACUAUAUUUCGAUGGUAUCGGAGCUAAACUACAUGUCCCAGAUCGUCAUAAUGCUGUAUGAAGAUCCGACCAAGGAUCCCACCUCCGAGGAGCGUUUCCAUGUCGAGCUCCAUUUCAGUCCCGGCGUCAAUUGCUGCGUACAAAAGAAUUUGCCACCUGGUCCCGGUUUUCGUCCGCAUUCGCACGGCGAUAACUCCUGCAGCGUGAGCUUGCAAUCUAACGAGGAGUCAAAUCCCUCACGCAUCGAGGAGGAGAACGAUACCAUUUCAGGCGAUGAACAGCAGGGCAAGAAGCGUAGCUGCCCACUACGGAAUUCAUCUAACAAUUCAUUUGGCUUUAAUCGCCUGGAUCUGCGCUCCAAGCAGGCCAAGUCGAAACCAAUUCCAAUUGGAGCCCAUCACACGGUCAGCGGUCACGAGGCCAUGGAUCUGGCCAAGCGGCUCAACGAGGAGCUCGCUUCGCAGCACCAACAGCAGCUGCAUCAGAGCCAUCAGCAGCACCAGCAGCAGCAGCAACAACUACGACCCAUUAGUCCCGAUAUACGAGCCGUGAGUCCAGACUGUGAGCCGCGCUCGCGCAGCUUUGAGCAGCGUGGAUCGCCGUCGGCCAAUCGCGGCAAGGAGGCGGCGCCGGCGGCUACUUUCGACGAGAUCGCUAAUGCACGCGUGGGUGUGGGCGUGGGCGUGGCCGUGGCUAGCAGUGGCAGCAACCGCACCGCCAUACAAAUACGCGUCACCGACAGAUUGUCCUUCUUCAAGAUCGACUCGUCAACUAAUGAAUUGCCGCUAUCGGACAUUGACUUCUCAUUGACGCCGGGCACACCUCAGUGCGCCAACAUGAAUCCUGGCGGCUGCAGUCGCACGCACAAGCGCCACAUUCUGUUAAGCAUGCGGCGCAUGGUUAGCGGCGAGGAGCCCGAAUUCGAGGGUAUACAUUUGCCACAAAUAUCGCCGCUGGCCACAAACGAGCGGCCAUUAAGCUGCAAUUGCAGCAGCAGCAACUCCUUCCCAUUGGCCGCAGCGCAUGCUCAUUCCAAGAGUCUCAUGCAGCUAGCCACAAUUGAGCCGUCGGCCAGCAGCAGCAGCAGUCGCCCCACUGGUGGUGGGGGUCCUGCUGGUGCAGCAGCAGCAGCUCCUGGCAGUUUUGAGGACGAUUUUCAAUUAUCGAGUUCGGCGCCUGCGGUGCUCUUAAGCGGCAUCUUUGAGCAGCGGCGUCCCAGUGACGUUCCGCUGGUCGAGCAUUGCACCAAUACACUGACAGCGUCUACGCUGCGCCUGUGCAUGGACAUGGAGACGCACGAGUCGCGCCAUCAGCAACUGGAGCGUGGCCAGCGCAAGGCCAACAGUCAUUCGUGUGGCCAGCUGUCCAUAUUGCUGCCGCCGGCUCCGGCCACGGCGCCAGUGCUGCCCGAGAAUCCGUUUCGGUUUGGUUUUGCGGCAGCGCCAUCAGCUGCAACGGCUGCCGCCGCUGGCAAUAGCUUUGUCAGCUGCUUUGCGCCCAUUGCGGAGCAUGUUACGCCCACAACCAUGCCCAGUCAGACGCCCAUAGAGGCGCAGCUGGUGUACAAUAUACCCACCGUGCUGAUAACUGGCACAGCUACAGUGACAGUGACAGGCAGCACAACAGCAAACAGGUCCACUAAAACUGACACAACUGCAGCAGACGCUGCAGCACCAAGCACAACAAAAAAAGCAACCACAGCGACAACAACAGCAACAACAGCAACAACAAUAGCAACAAUAACUUUGUUUAAUACUACAGCAACAAUGUCUGCUAAUCAACCCAUUACUAACCAAUUGAAUUCAAUCGAUCCCCUCUCAAUUGACGCACCACAACAACCAACACCACCUCACACCAACACCAACACGAACACAAUCACAUUCGUUACGCACACAACCACAAUGAACAAUAUCAACAACAACCACAACAACAACAACAACAUCACCACAACGCCCCCGUCUUGUUGUACCAAUACCAUCGCUACAGAUAGCAACGUUUCGGUCUCGGUAUCGGCCUCGGUAUCAUCGGCCAAUUCGUCCACAUCGUCGCGUCGCCAAAGACACAGUAUUGCCGGCCAGAUGUCCUAUAUGAAAAUGUUGGGUUUCGGUGGUUUUAGCAAAAAGAUGGCCACCAGCGCGAAUAGCCUUUUCAGUACGGCAGUUAUAAGCGGCAGCUCAUCGGCCCCGAAUCUACGCGAUAUGAUACCGGUAUCAUCAUCCGGCUUUGGGGAUGUGCCGCCGAUCCGACCCCUGGAGACACUGCAUAAUGCGCUAUCGCUGCGCAAGCUGGACAGCUUUCUGCAGGAUAUGAUCUUAGCACAGAUCUUUAAGACGCCGACUGGUUCGCCGCCACGCGUCCAUGAGGGAACUGUCGGUAGUAACUCAGCAUCGAUAUUGGCGACUGGAGUAGGUCAGCCUGUAUCGGUAUCUAUACCAUCGGAUUCGAUGGCCGCCUUCUCCUCGAUGAUAGAUCAAAAGGAUGGCGCCUUGUCGACACAGAAAUUGGUCAGAGGUACGACCGCUCCAUUGGCCGAGAAAUGCGAUCGCCCUGUAAUCAUCAGCGAUUCCGACUCGACUGUGGAACCGCAUCACCCAAAUUCGCCAGCAAGGAGCGAGGAGCAGGUGCAGUCAUCGGAAUACGAGGAUGCCAACGAUGUGGCAAUGAAAAUCAUUUUAACGGCACAAAAACAGCUUUGGCCGCAAAAGCCACAGGACAUUCUAUCAAAGGACCAGGAAGAGCAAGAGCAUGGGGAUGAUAAGCAGAAACUGGAUUGUGUUUUGAGCACUGUCGACAUUCUGCUGGAUGAACCGGAGGAACUACCCGAAUUUGGGGCUAUUAGCGAGGACAAAGUACAACGGGAUGACGGCACCGGCCCCAUCUAUUUGAGGAUCUGCGAUGAAGCAGAGCCCAGCAGCUGCUGCCUAACCCCAGUCAGCCUUGGCGUUGAUGACUUGGAUCUCAGCAUGGUGGUCAACAAGGGCUCCAUGACGCUUUCCGUCGAUGGCUUUGAUGAUGACGACGAGGAUGGCACUGCGUCUGCAGUGACAACACCUUCGCUACUUGCCGACACGGAACCUAUAUUGGAAACAUGCUACUGUUGUCCGACACAUGCCAUUGCACCACCGGAGGUUGACACUGAAGAUCCAAAGUAUUGCUUUGCGCUCCCGGUGCACGUAACACAGGCGUCGCCGGAGCACGCACGUCCAGCCGUGCGACGCGCUCACGAUCCAAUCUCGCCGCGCAUGCAGAAGCAUAUCAGUGUGUUUGAGUGCGCCGGGACCAGUCCGGAGGCGAGUGCGCUGCAUGCGUCCAUCAAUUUGCCGGCGGCGGCGCAACAGUUGCGCCAGGACGCGCGUCUGCGUAAGUUUGAGAAUCUGACGCAGUCCACUUCGAAUUCGAAUUUCCCAUUUGAGAGUAAUACACUGAAGCGGGUGCCACUAGUCAGCACCAAGGAUGACUAUGCAAGUGUUUCGCACACCCAGAGCUGCAUUAAUUUAAAGAGCAGCGGUGCCGGCUCCGGCUCUGGCUCCCUCAUCUAUGGGUCGCCGCAGCAUCACCGCGAGAGAUCGCGCGAAAAGGAGCGACAGCAUACCACUGCAGCCGGCUGCAGCUCCGGCCCGGCCAACUUUGAUCGGUUGCCCAAUGCAUUGUCCGAAUGCUGCUCGCUGGACCUGGAUGCUGGCUGCAGCACAUCAUCACCAACUGCCUCGGUGCCGCAUCCGGGCGCACUAAUUGUCAAGGAGAAAUUCAUAGAGCCACCGAAGCGCGGAAUAGUGUGCGGCUAUCAGGACAAGACGCAGUCCAUGGACGCUGAUUUUCUCUGUAACGAGUUUCUGCUAAUUCCGGCACUCGCGCCGUCUAUGGAUGUGGCACAGCCCAAGGAGCGCUCGCCGGAGCCGGAGCCGGAGCUACAGAAGCCCAAGUGAAUUCAUACUUGGCUUAUUAUCAUAAUCGAAUUGUGUUCGUGUCACGUCUAUGUUGUAAUCAAAAUUGUUGUUGUUGCACUUGCAUUGCUGUUAUCUAAAUAAUAAAAAUUCUAUUUUCUGCGUCCCAAAA